AUCAUAUAAAUAAAUAAAUAAAUUAUAAAUAUAUAUAAAAUAUAUAAGAAUAUAUAUAAACAUGGCAGGUGGGGUUGGGGUAGGGAGUGGAAAUAAUGGGAAAGAAUACCCAGGAAAGCUAACUGGAUAUGUCACUUUCACUUGCAUUGUUGCUGCCAUGGGAGGUCUCAUUUUUGGUUAUGAUAUUGGAAUUUCAGGAGGAGUGACGUCAAUGGACACAUUCUUGGAGAAGUUCUUCCCCGGGGUAUACCAAAAGAAGAGGUCAGCGGCGGCGGCGAGUUCCGGUUCCAAUCAGUACUGCAAAUUCGACAGCAUCCCGCUGACGCUGUUCACCUCCUCCCUGUACCUGGCGGCGCUGUGCUCGUCGGUGGCGGCGUCGCACGUGACGCGGAAGCUGGGGAGGCGGCUGUCCAUGCUGCUGGGAGGAGCCCUCUUCUGCGGCGGCGCCCUCGUCAACGCCUUCGCUCAGAACGUCGCCAUGCUCAUCCUCGGCCGCCUCUUCCUCGGCUUCGGCGUCGGCUUCGCCAAUCAGGCUGUUCCAUUGUACUUGUCGGAAAUGGCGCCAUACAAGUACAGAGGAGCACUCAACAUAGUUUUCCAGCUCUCCAUAACCAUCGGAAUCCUAGUGGCCAACAUCCUUAACUUCUUCUUCGCCAAGAUCCGGUGGGGCUGGCGCCUGAGCUUGGGCGGAGCCAUGGUCCCCGCCUCGCUCAUCAUCGUGGGGUCCCUCUUCCUCCCCGAGACUCCCAACUCGCUGAUCGAGCGGGGCAACCGUGACUCCGCCAAAGCCAUGUUGAAAAGGAUCAGAGGGCUCGACGACGUCGACGAGGAGUUCGGCGACCUGGUCGCCGCCAGCGAGGCGGCGAGCAGGGUGGAGGAUCCCUGGAGGAACCUGUUGGAGAGGAGGUAUAGGCCCCAGCUCGCGACGGCUGUGGCCAUACCCUUCUUCCAACAGUUCACUGGGAUUAAUGUGAUCAUGUUCUACGCGCCCGUUCUGUUCAGCACUAUUGGUUUCGGCGACGACGCUUCGCUAAUGUCUUCUGUUGUCACUGGCGGUGUCAACGUUCUUGCCACUCUCGUCUCCAUUUACUACGUCGAUAAACUUGGCCGACGGUUUUUGUUCCUUGAGGGUGGCUUUCAGAUGUUCAUUUGUCAGGUUGUGAUUGCGGUCUUUAUAGGGGUGAAAUUCGGAGUCAACGGAUACGCGGGCGAAUUGCCAAAGUGGUACGCGGUGGUGGUAGUGUCGUUCAUCUGCAUUUACGUCUCCGCUUUCGCGUGGUCGUGGGGCCCGUUGGGUUGGUUAGUCCCGAGCGAGAUCUUCCCGAUGGAGAUCCGGUCCGCAGCGCAGAGCGUGACGGUCGCGGUCAACAUGAUCUUCACCUUCAUCAUAGGACAGGUGUUCCUGACGUUGCUGUGCCACAUGAAGUUCGGGCUGUUCUUGUUCUUUGCGUUCUUCGUGUCGGUCAUGACGUUGCUCGUCUACCUCUUCUUGCCCGAGACGAAGAACGUCCCCAUCGAGGAGAUGGUCGUGGUUUGGAAGGAGCAUUGGUUCUGGACUAGGUUCAUGACAGAUGUUGAUUGUCCUGGUCUGGAAAUGAAGAGUAUAGGAGGAGAAGUUGCUCAUAAGAGAGUUUAAUAACGGCUAAUAUGGACUUAGAAUGUGCUUUUGGUACUUAUUUCUGUUUCUUACAAAUUAAAUUAAAUGUAACAUU